AUGAGCGUCUUCUCGCGCCCCAGGAACGGAAUUCCACCGUCGCGAGACGACUGCCGGUCUCCCUAUGAGCGAUUAAGCCAACGGAUGUUGGACAUUUCCGGGGACCGAGGUGUGCUGAAGGACAUCAUCCGAGAGGGCGCCGGCGACCCCGUGACACCCGACGCUUCUGUCCUGGUGAAAUAUUCUGGAUACUUGGAGCACAUGGACAAGCCUUUUGAUUCUAACUGCUUCAGAAAAGCACCCCGGCUGAUGAAACUUGGAGAAGAUAUUACACUCUGGGGCAUGGAGCUGGGCCUGCUAAGCAUGCGCAGAGGGGAACUGGCCAGGUUCCUAUUCAAGCCAACCUAUGCUUAUGGCACCCUAGGGUGCCCACCCCUCAUCCCUCCAAAUGCCACUGUCCUGUUUGAGAUUGAGCUGAUUGACUUCCUGGAUUCUGCUGAGUCAGACAAGUUUUGUGCACUCUCAGCUGAGCAGCAAGAACAGUUUCCACUUCAGAAGGUCCUCAAGGUAGCAGCAACUGAGAGGGAGUUUGGCAACUACCUUUUCCGCCAGAAUCGUUUCUGUGAUGCCAAAGUGAGAUACAAAAGGGCCUUGCUGCUGCUCCAUCGGCGCUUGGCAAUCUGUGAGGAACAGCACUUGGUGGAACCUGCUGAGCUCCUAGUCCUCCUUAACCUUUCCUUUGUGUACCUGAAGCUAGACCGACCUGCCAUGGCCCUACGCUAUGGGGAGCAGGCUCUGCUCAUUGACAAAAGGAAUGCCAAGGCCCUCUUUAGGUGUGGACAGGCUUGCCUUCUCCUAACUGAGUACGAACAGGCCCGGGAUUUUCUGGUGCGAGCUCAGAAGGAGCAGCCCUGUAACCAUGACAUCAAUAAUGAGCUGAAGAAGCUGUCCAGCCACUACAGGGCCUAUGUGGACAGAGAGAAAGAGAUGUGUCACCGGAUGUUUGCCCCCCGUGGGAGCAGCUCCUCAGUGGGAGGAGACUGA